AUGAACAAAGAUUUGUUCAUGCGUAUAGUUGAUCGCCUUUCCAAUGAAGUACCGUACUUCCGGCACCGAAGAAAUGCCAUCGGAAGAUUAGGUCUAUCUCCUCUCCAAAAAUGUACUGCGGCAAUUCGUAUGAUGGCAUAUGGUACCGCAGCUGAUGCAGUUGACGAGUAUCUCCGGGUUGGUGCUAGUACAGCGUUGUUAUGUUUGGAAAAUUUCACCGAGGGUAUAAUAUCCUUGUUCGGUGAUGAGUAUCUGAGAAGACCCACAGCUGAUGAUCUUGAACGCUUACUGAACGAUGGAGAGGAUAGAGGCUUUCCCGGGAUGAUAGGAAGCAUCGAUUGUAUGCAUUGGGAGUGGAAGAAUUGUCCGACUGCAUGGAGAGGGCAAUAUACACGGGGGUCAGGAAAACCGACAAUCGUUUUAGAAGCAGUUGCAUCACACGAUCUUUGGAUAUGGCACGCAUUUUUUGGACCUCCAGGUACAUUAAAUGAUAUAAACGUUCUUGAUCGUUCUCCAGUUUUUGAUGACAUCUUGCAAGGUCGAGCUCCAAAAGUAAGAUAUUGGGUAAACGGUAACGAGUAUCGUUUGCCAUAUUAUCUAACCGACGGUAUUUAUCCCAAAUAG